CGCGCACAUCCGGUUCCGGGGCCGUGGCAGACGCUCUGAGGGGCUGUACGGGUCGGUCAGGCUGCUCUCCUUGUCGCCCUCAGGCCGCUGCGCUCCCUAAGUUCCGGUCCUCGCCCUGCUACGGUUCUCCUCUGCCCAUCAUGCUGGAGCAUUUAAGUUCUCUGCCCACGCAGAUGGAUUACAAGGGUCAGAAGCUAGCUGAACAGAUGUUUCAGGGAAUUAUUCUGUUCUCUGCGAUCGUUGGAUUUAUCUACGGAUACGUGGCUGAACAGUUUGGGUGGACUGUCUAUAUAGUUAUGGCCGGAUUUGCUUUCUCCUGUUUGCUGACGCUUCCUCCGUGGCCAAUAUAUCGCCGACAUCCCCUGAAGUGGUUACCUGUUCAAGACUCAAGCACAGAAGACAAGAAAUCAGGGGAGAGAAAAAUUAAGAGGCAUGCUAAAAAUAAUUGAUUGGGGCUUUCAUGAUUCAGCACCUGCUCUAUGAGCUAAGUUGUUUUCAUAACCAAAACAUGAGCUAAAACCACCCAUGUUCUUACAGUACCACUGUGUAGAGAUAUAGUUGUCUUUGUCUCACUUCUAAUUCAAUUUUAAUUUAUGGAUAUCUUAUACCAUCUCUUCAUAAUCUUGUUAUGGAGAACAGAAAAUAUGAGUAGGCAAACAGCAUAAUGAAUAAACACCUCAUAACUGGCAGUACAUUUUUUUUUCUUUUCAGUAUAUUUUUGUAAUCGUCUCACUCUGUAGCCUUGACUAUCCCCAAACUUGCCAUUCUGUCUCUGCCUCCCAAAGUACUGAGAUUACAGGCAUAUGCUGCCAAACCUGGCUGAUAAUCUAAUCUGUCAAAGUUAAAUCAUGAAUCCCUAAA